CAAAGACCAUGAAACUUUACUUCUAACGGCCCCGCUGAGGAAUUUGUUUCCAGCGAAACGCAGAGAAGCCAUCCCAUAACGGAUGAACGGGAGAAGAAGCGCCGUAACGUGAUAUCGACGCAGCAGAUGUCCUGAGCUCAGGAGGUGGACGCGCUUUGCGACUCGCUAGUUAGCUUAACGUCGGUGCCACUGACUUUGAUUCAAGGUAGCCGCUAGCUCGCUGUACUGCUAGCCAGCUGUUGGCUACUUGGCCCAACAAGUUAACUAAGUAAUUAACUGUAUGAAAACAUUCAUUGUUUUAAUAGUCGAGCGUUAACCAGCUGCUUUUAUUAACGGAUAGCAUUGGCGUUUUUUUUUUUAAUUUUCCCGAGAGGAGUCUCAGGCGACAACAAGUCGACACGGCGCGCGCAGAUCAGUGUCGCUGCUAACCUAGCUCGUGCAGUAACGCGAGCUAAGUUAGAACCCUGAAGUCUCGCCCAUUUCUGGGAUCCUGCCCUCGCCAUUGGCUCAGGGCUAAUCAACGGCCAAGUAGUUUGGGUUUCGGGGUCAAUUGGUGCGACAAUGGAAAGUCUGACGCUGACUGACGUCGAGCAGAAAUAUUACUCGGACUUGUUCAUCUACUGCGAUACGGACAACACCAAGAAAGUGGCUUCCAACGGGAGAGCUCUUGACCUCUUCCGGGCGGCCCAGCUACCCAGCGAAGUUGUCCUGCAGAUCACAGAGCUAUGUGGAGCCACUCGGCUGGGUCACUUCGGGAGGAGCCAGUUCUACAUUGCUCUGAAGCUUAUUGCCAUUGCCCAGUCCGGUCUGCCCCUGAGGGUGGAAAGCCUCAACUCGGUCAAAGACCUGCCGCUGCCAAGGUUCGUGGUGGGGAAGAAUGAGGCCGAGGCGAGGCACGCAGCUCUGUACCAGGACUCCGACAGUCAGGGGUUGUACCCCGCCUCUGCCGCUGCAGUAAUGCCCAGACCACCAGGCAGGGGUCUCCAGAACAAGAAAGGACCCCCAUCGGCAACUUCAGUUCCUGCCCACGAGGUCGUCCAUCCCCUGGCACCCAGCACAGAACCGCAGCCCGAGCCGACGUCCCCCGUAGUCUCCCCUCAACAGUCUCCCCCCACCUCCCCUCCCUCGUGGAGGAAACACAAGCGGCAGCCCAGUGGAGGUGCCGCAGACAGACAAGCGGCGGUGGCUCCAACUGGAGCUGUGUGGACGCAUUUCAGAGAACCACAAGCGGGUCCGGUACCUGCUGAUGGAAUGUGGCCGUCCCACUCGCCCCUGCCUCCAGGUCAAGAAAGUUGGGUCAGUUUCACAGCAGACACCCCGCCAUCCAUCCCAGGAAUGCAUCCCUCGUCAGUCCAGGAAAGCACAACAAUACGAACGGUGGCCUCGGCAGCGAUGACCAAUGAGAUCCAGCGACAGUCCAGCGGCUACGAUGAUCCGUGGAAGAUCACAGACGAGCAGAGACAGUAUUAUAUUAACCAGUUCAAAACCAUCCAGCCAGACCUCACUGGCUUCAUACCUGGUUCAGCCGCAAAAGAAUUCUUCACCAAAUCAAAGCUACCAAUUUUAGAGCUGUCACAUAUUUGGGAGCUGUCAGACUUUGAUAAAGACGGAGCGCUGACCCUGGACGAGUUCUGCGCUGCCUUCCACCUGGUUGUGGCCAGGAAGAAUGGAUACGACCUCCCUGAGAAGCUGCCUGAGAGCCUGAUGCCAAAGCUGAUAGACCUGGAUGACUCAGCAGAGGGCGCUGAGCAGACCGCUGACGUCGGAUACUCGGGCUCCCCGGUGGAGGUCACCCCCAGCAAGUCCCCCUCCAUGCCGUCACUUAAUCAGGCCUGGCCGGAGAUGAACCAGAGCAAUGAGCAGUGGGAGACGUUUAGCGAGCGCUCCUCCAGCUCACAAACUCUGACCCAAUUUGACUCUAACAUUGCACCAGCUGACCCUGACACGGCCAUCGUCCACCCGGUGCCCAUCCGGAUGACGCCCAGUAAGAUCCACAUGCAGGAGAUGGAGCUGAAGAGGACCGGCAGUGACCACAACCACCCGACCAGUCCGCUGCUGGCUGAACCUCCGGAACUGUCCGACGAAGCCAUUUUACCGACUUCCCUGAAGUUCGUAGCGGCCAACGCUGGAGGUGAUGGUUACAGCAGUUCUGACUCCUUCUCCUCUGACCAGGAGCCAACCACAAGACAACGGUCUCAGUCAGGAGCGUCUCCAGAGGCUCUGAAGGUGGUCGCCCCCCCACCACCUCCACCCCGCCCCAACGCCUCUCACUCUCGCUCCUCGUCUCUCGACAUGAACCGCACCUUUGCUGCCGUCGUUGUUGCGGGACAAACGCAAUCCUCUGCGAUAGCUCACCCGCCCGCUGUGCCUCCUCGACCGCUACCCACACAGACAUCUGCCCCACACACCGGGCAUCGUGCGGAGGCUGAAGGUGCUUCAGGAGGCGGUGCGGCGCUGAGCACCACCACCUCCCCCCAACAGAUUCCCCAGCAGCCCAACUUCGCUGACUUCAGUCAGUUUCAGGCCUUCGCUGCAUCUGAACAGCCUUCGAGCCUGCCGGAGGUCGAUACACACAGUGAGGCCGGACAGGUGAAGUCAUCGGAGGGAGCCGGCCCUUUAAGAGCAGUGAAGAGUGAUGGCCAAGCGGAUGACAGAGCCUCAGCCACGGUCAACUCUGCCAAAGGCUCCGGGUCGGGUCCGCUAGCGCCUCCUCCAAAGCCCGUGAGGCGGAGGUUGAAAUCUGAAGACGAGCUUCGACCGGAGGACGAGCAACACGGUCCGCAGAAAUCCAACGUCAUCGCUGCCGUCCUGGCCACUCAGCCCUCCAUCCCCAGGUCGGUAGGAAAAAACAAAAAGUCCAUUCAAGCUUCAAUCAGAAGAAACAAGGAGACGAACACAGUGUUUGCACGACUUAACAGUGAACUGCAGCAGCAGCUGAAGGACCUGCUUGAAGAGAGGAUAUCCUUAGAAGUCCAGCUGGAGCAGCUCAGACCUUUCUCUCAUCUUUAACCAACGUGAGGAGGAAUACUCUGCUGUAGUGAAGCAAGGCCGGGCCCUGUGUGUGACUCCGCCUCCAACCCCCCCCCCCCUCCACCACCACGGCUUCCCUGGAGGCUCCGGCCUGCUGCAGGAUGCUCCGUUAAAACUCUCGCGCUCAAUCACACACUUAAUUAAUCAAAACCCAGAAGGACCUGAGAGCACAGUCUUAUCAGGAGGAGGAGGGGGGGGCAGGAGUGUGGGGGGGAGACUACACACUGGCACUUUUUAAUUUUCUCUCUCGACAAGUCAUCGCGAGGACGACAGCGGACUGAAAAACAGUUCGGAGCGACAGACGAGACGCUCCAACUGCGAGUCUCAAGACGAACUGCUGGUGUCAGAUUACUUUACUCUGAAUGACUGAAGAAAGGCGGAGUGUGUGUGUGUGACAGUGUAUUUGUGUUCCUGUUUAUUGACUUGCUUGAAUCUAGCACCGAUGUGUUUAUUUCCCCUUGCGGUGACGACUGCAGCGCCAAACUCCUGUUAAAAUCUGAUUGAAAGAAGCCGUGUAGAUGCACUUUGCUUUCUUCCAUAUCGGUCUCAUGUGUGUUGGCUCAGAUUAGCAUGAAGACUGGAAGCAGGAGGAAACUUCUAGCCUGGCUCUCUCCUCAGUUCCAAACUGCACCUCUAAAAUUCACCAAUCAACAUGUUUUUCUGUCCUCGUUUCAAAAAAACAUUAAUUUCUAAGUAAAUGCUAAAGCUGUAAAUGCUGGAACUGUUGGAAAUUUGCUUCGACUGACUAUAUAGAAGACACCUUAUUUGUAUUUCUCAAAAUAUAACUAUUCCUUUUAAAUGUCUUAUCAUUUAAUAGCAUUUAUUGGUGUGCUACCUUCAAAAAUGGAGAAUUGUGGAAAACUUAAAAAAAUCUUUCGAAUUGAAACCUCACCAAAUAUCAUCUAUUUGAACAUUCAACCAUCUUCAAGCGAUCACAGAGCUGCACACACGGCGGAGGCUUUGAACAUGAGAGAUUCUCCACCUCCCAGUGAGCAAGGAACGUAAAGUGUACUUUUAAAAUGUUUUGACGGGUUUGUGUGCUCGGUCUCAUGAAACACGCCGGGCUGCUUCAGCGCAGGAUGUAUGGCGUGUUUCUGAGGCCUUAACAGGCUUCAUCAUCAUGGUGAAGGCUUUUUAAUUUUUUUAUUUAGUGCUCAUCCUGUGAUAUGAACUCAGCCCAUUUCUCUUGUUACUGCCCCGUGGCGUCUACGGUGUGUUGAAAGAUUAUCUUUUAUUUUGAAUUUUUCUUUCCGUGUGAAAUAGUGAGUCCGGGGUGAGAUGUGACGAAAUGGUUUAACUUGAUGCCAAAUGACUGAACUCCCCCUCUGCUCGCUCACCUCUCUGUCCGUUUGGAAAAGAAACGCAACCGGUUUUUCCUUCCUGCAGCGUUCUCUCUCAUUUCCAGACGUCCCCGUGUAUCGAAUGGUUGCUUGCGGUCAUUUCCUGUCUGUUACGUCACCCGGCCGUUAACCGGGCGUUCACUUGAAGGGGUCGAAGGUAUUCCCGCCGCUCGACUGCAGGACGCAUUUCUGAAGACGCUCACGAUCCAAAAGCACACGGAUCCAAACUGAUGGGAUACGAGUUUUGAGAUCGGUUUAAAGAUUAAUUUCCAAUCGGGCAGUCGGCACUAUGCAACCACGGGGGCGACAAAUCCUCACGCACCAACUCUACUUCUGAGUUCGCAGCACAGUGUCCUCUGCAUCUUAGAGCUUCCAGAGCACCGGCUCCUGUAUGCUGAGGAGUCAUUGAGCCUUUUUCUUGACCCGACCCGAGAGGGAAGUCCAGACCCGUGUCCGAUAGGGACGCGGUCACCCCGAACCCGCAAGAUGUGACUUGCUGGGAGUAGACGAAGCUCAGCGGCGUUCCAGUUGGAGACCAGUCGGCGGACUGGGAGACCUGAAUGACCCAACUGCACUUUGAACUUGUACCCCCUCCACGCCCAACUAUAUUUAUGUUACAUCCCCUCUUCGACUUUCUUUUAACAUGUGCAUGUUGGUCUUGUCUUUCACAUGUAUUAAUAAAAAAAGAAAAGGAGAAAAAUAAGCUUUACGGAGAAACAGAUCGUCCCCCCCCCCCCCCCCCCCGUGUGUGUUCUCCUCCUCGAGCCUCACUUCCCCCACUGGCGUUCAGGUUUCCACGGAGGCUGACUGACCUCUUCCCGGUUGUAUCGAGGGUCGCCGCUUUUGUUUUCUUCUGCUGUUCAGGAUGAUGGUGUACUUGGUGUGUGUGUGUGUAUGUGUGUGCCUGUGUUACGUUGAUCCAGACCUGGAACUAAUCCCAUUUAAAACCCUUUGUUUGCUCGCACACGGCUCCCCGGUCCUCUUCAACCCAACAGGCCUCCAGGCAGGAGGUCACAAAGUGUUGGAUGGGAUUUUGAACGCGACGCUCUCCCAGCGCCGUGUUGUAUAUUUUAUAUGAUUCACACUUUUUUUGGACUUGUAUGUAAAUUUGCAUUAAUUGCUGACUAGCAGCGAAAGAAUAUUCUAUUUAAUUCCUUCUCUGGGUUCCUAGAUGUUUAACUGCAUGGAUGUACUGUAUCUCUGCAGGUCGACUAGCAGCUGUGUGAUUUUUACACAAAAAUAAAAACGGCACAAUAUUUUAAA